GGGAUGCACCUUUGGUUGUUGCACGUGGUGGAUUUUCAGGAGUAUUUCCAGAUUCUAGUUACGAUGCUUAUUACCUGGUGUUGAUAACUAGUGUACCUGAUGCCAUAUUAUGGUGUGAUGUUCAGUUAACCAAAGAUGGAGUUGGGAUUUGCUUUCCUAAUCUCAAUCUAGCUAAUGGUUCUGACAUUAGUUAUAUUCCACUUUUUAACAAUCAGCAGAAGGUUUACCAGGUUAAUGGUGUUCCUGUUAACGGAUGGUUUUCUGUGGAUUACACCUUCAGUGACCUUGGAAAUCUUUCCUUAACUCAAGGAAUCUAUUCUCGGACUGAACGGUUUAAUGGCAAUUCGUUAAAAAUUAUGGCUGUUCAAGAUGUGGUUUAUCAAUUUAACCAAUCAGCUUUCUGGUUGAAUGUUCAGCAUGAUGCAUUUUACACGCAACAUAAUUUGAGUAUGAGGAACUUUGUCCUUAAUGUAUUUAAGAGUGUGAUUGUUGAUUACAUCUCUUCACCAGAGGUUGGCUUCUUGAGGAGUAUUUUGGCACCUUUUGCAUCUAGCAAGACAAAGCUGGUCUUCAGGUUUAUGCAACAAGAUGACAUUGAGCCCUCAACCAACCAGAGUUAUGGUUCUCUGUUAGGGAAUCUCACAUUUAUCAAGAAAUUUGCCUCAGGAAUUAUUGUUCCAAAGUCUUACAUAUGGCCAGUUGAUUCUAGUAAUUACUUGCUACCUUUAACCUCUGUCGUCUCAGAUGCUCACAAAGUAGGGCUAAAAGUUUUUGCAUCAGACUUUGCGAAUGAUGCUCAAUUUAGCUUCAAUUACAGCUAUGAUCCAGUGGCUGAGUAUUUAAGUUUCAUUGAUAAUGGUGACUUCUCUGUUGAUGGUGUGAUAUCUGACUUUCCAAUAACUCCAUCAGAAGCUAUAGACUGCUAUGCUCACCUAGGCAGAAAUGCUUCAAAACAAGCUGAUCUACUGAUUAUAACCAAAAAUGGAGCAAGUGGGGACUACCCCGGAUGCACUGACUUGGCAUACUCAAAAGCCAUUGUAGAUGGUGCAGAUGUUAUUGACUGUCCUGUCCAAAUGACAAAGGAUGGGAUACCUAUUUGCUUGCAGUCUAUUAAUCUUUUUGAUAGCACAAAUGUUGUCCAAUCAAGUUUCAGCAACCUUGCAACAACGAUUCCAGAGAUUCAAGCAGGCACUGGAAUAUUUACCUUUACUCUGACAUGGAGCGAAAUUCAGACCUUGAAAGCGUCAAUAUCAAGCCCACAGGCGAAGUACUUUUUGUUUCGGAAUCCAAAUUUCAAAAAUGCUGGAAAUUUUGUAACUUUGUCUGAUCUUCUGGCCAUAGCAAAAACUGCUAGCUCUCUUUCUGGUGUCUUAAUCAGCAUAGAGAAUGCAGCUUACCUUGCAACGGAGCAGGGCUUGAGCGUAACUGAUGCAGUGCUUAGUGCCUUGAGCAAAGCUGGAUAUGAUAAACUGACAACUCCAAAAGUUAUGAUACAGUCCAGGGACAGUUCUGUUCUAAAGAAGCUACAUGACCCCUGUUCUGCCUGGUGAGCUCAUGCAACUCAUCAUGGCACCUGAUUUAAUGCCACCAGCUGAAGCCCCGUAUCCUGUACUUACAGUUCAGGAUGUAGUAGAGCCACCUUUGCCCGAUGCUGUAGUAAAAUCCCCUUCUACCAGGCCGGAUGGAUCUCCCUCAACCUCACCACCGCCAAAUGCACAAAGUCAAGUCACCGCUUGCAUCUUGGUCUCAAAUCUGGCCAUGCUUCUCGUCGUUCUCUUGCUGUUUUAAUACUGGAGAGGGGAGAGUCACCUACUAAAAUCCAAGAACCACCCCCCCCCCCUUUUAUUAAUUUUCUUCUGCCCGGAGUUAUUUUUACCUUUAUUUUUGUAGGUUUGUUAAUUCUUCCUCCAUCUAUAUUAGAAAAUUAAUGCACAAAUUCUUGAACUACGUAUCUAUUUAUUCCGUUUUGAAUCAAACCAUGGAAUGAAUUAUUCUUGAAUUU